AACCACCAACAAUUUCUAAAAUCAAUUCAAAAUUCCAAUUUCUUCAUCAAAUACAAUUCAAUGGGUCUUUCCGACAUCACUUCAUCUGAGUCCAAGUCUCACUGUCACCGUUCUCACCAAAUAUUUCGUUUAACAAAUUACAUUCUCUUAGGUGCAUCGACCAGUUGUAUCUUCCUUACACUCUCUUUACGCUUAAUCCCCUCAUUAUACGGUGGCCUUUUCAUCCUCCUCCAUGCUCUCACAAUCGCGGGUGUGGUCCCCGGAUGCACGGACACUAUGACCCUAGCGGGGUCCCACCUUUGGUAUGCCAUUCACAUGGUGUCUACGGUUAUAACGGCAAUAUUUCAAGGUUCAGCUGCUGUUCUUAUUUUCACUAAGACAACUGAUUUUUUAGGAGAAUUGAAGUCUUAUGUUAGUGAAGAAUAUGGUGUUGCAAUAUUGAAAUUGGUUGGUGGAUUGUCCAUUUUGAUAUUUUGCUUGGAAAGGGUGGUUUUGCUAUUGGCUUUUGUUUUGAGGUACAACGCCUUCGUGGAAGGAAAGAUGAAUUCAAAUUCUAAAAACAACUAUAAAGUUGAUCAAGAUGAGAAUUUGAAAAUCCAAGUAUAAAAUUUAUUUAUUUAUUUAUUUGGGAAGAAUCACCGUGUUCCAAACA